AUUCACGCGACCAGUACUCAAUAUGCUACAACGUUACCCCGUUAUCAUCAUCACUGGAACUCCAGGUACUGGAAAGUCAACUCAUGCUCAACUCCUACAAGAUGCCUCCCCAGUCCCUUUAAAACACAUCAACGUCGGUGAAUUAGUAAAAGACAAUGGCUUUCAUCACGGGUUUGAUGAACAAUGGCAAACUUACACAGUAGACGAAGACAAGCUCUUAGACGAACUUGAACCAUUGGCAUCUGCCGGCGGAAUAAUUCUCGACUGGCACACUUGUGAAAUUUUCCCUGAACGAUGGGCAGAUCUAGUCGUCGUUCUACGCUGCAAUCAUACCCUGCUCUGGGAACGUCUCGAAAAACGUAAUUACUCUCUUAAAAAGAUACAGGAAAACAAUGAAGCGGAGAUAAUGGAAGUCGUCCUCCAAGAAGCCCGAGACUCCUACCCCCAACAGAUUAUUGUUGAUCUCAAAAGCGAAUCUUCUCAGGACCUGGAAAAGAAUGUGGCAAACAUCGUUGAAUGGAUAAAUCAGUGGUUGAAAGAUAACAUUCCCGAAGAUGAGGAAGAUAACAACUCUUUCUAGCAAUCGCGCAGUACCCGCCUCUCGAAUAGAUUCCUCAUUACGCCUUGCGCCCAAUGGCAUCGGUACCGUGCGCGCCUGUUAUAGAAAGAUACCGACUUCCAUAUCAGAGACUAACCUUGGGCAGCCUUUAUUGAAAGUUUAUCUGACAGGAUAACUUACAUAACUAAUUCAAGAUCUAUAUGUACACAUUGACGUGUGACGUCACCCCACCUGAGCUGAGACCUCUCCUCCGGUGUACUAGACAUGAUAAACGAGGUGCUGCGGUCCUGUCAAGAAUGAGAGCGCACUAGUCCUUCCGAUUACCACUAUCAUACCUAAUAAUACAGUUCUCCUGUACCUGUGGUGCUACGCCUAUUUGCAAAAAUGUAUGUCCGAG